AUUCCUCUAAAUUCCAAUUAAACACAAUCAACCUUUCACUAAUCUUCAGCAUCACAGAAAAAAAGAAAAGAAUCUGAUAACUGAGAGAAAAGAAAUAUCAGCGAUUUUCAAGAGGCCCAAAAGAAGAAAACCGAAAAGCCCAGCUUGACAAAAACCCAUUCCGCACGGCUGCUAAAAGAGUCCUGAAAAAAUACACAAACACUUACCUUAUCUUCCUCCUUUUUUCUCUGUUGCUCUCUACUCUCACACACCCACCCACCUCUGUAUUCAAAACCCCAUCCAGUUACCCCCUUCUCAAAAACCAAUCCAAAAACCCUAAAAAUCUCCAUAUGGAUUCCAAGGCUUCUGCACCAGAAACGGCGUCGCUUGUCGUUAAUUCACCAGGUUCUCCGUCUUCUUCUUCUUCUUCCUUUUCUUCUUCUUCUUCUUCUUCAUCAGAUGAUUCAAUUAUUGAGAAUUCAGUUAAGAAUCGUGACUUAGAAGUUGAUAAUAUUUUUAUUAAUGAUAUAAAUAACGGUGGUGGUGGUGGGAGUAGCGAUGGGGGUUUUGUGAGCGGCGAAGAGGAUUUUGACACCGAGACGCAGAGGGCAUUUGUAGGCGAGGAAACCCUCCAUAAACCUCGUGUUUCUGGUUCGUCUUUUGUUGACCCUGUGGAAUUUCCGGCAUUGAAAGUAUCGCCUAAUGAUGACGAUGACGAUGAAAAUGUUGCAGAGAAAUUAAAGGUUGGAGCUUUGGAGGAGACUGAAUUGGGAAAGGGUGAGGAUAAUAAUAGUAAGGGUUUAAAGAUGAGUUGGGCUGAGAUUGUGAUUAAUAAAGGAAAGGAGGUUUUGGUAGGAACGGGUGAGACAGCGGAUAACUACUCCGCCGAGAACGAGAAAAGUGAGGUUUCUGGUGGCGAGGAGGUUGAGAGGAGUGACACUCUGGGCAGUGAAAAUGAAAAACUUGACACUGGGACUUCAGAACCAAAUUUUGAAGCUGAUAAUGGUGAGAAGUUUACUACUAGUGGAGGGGACUCAGUUGUGGAGGCUGUACAUGUUGAUACGUCAGAGUCAGGAGUGGUUUUUGUUGGAGGUGUGGAGGAAAGUAAGGAUUCUGAAACUAAAGAAGACGAGGUUUUAGCUGAUGGUAGUGUACCCCUGAAUAAUGGUUUUGAUAAGAUUAGCAGGGACGUUGAAGGACCAGGUGACGUGGAUAUCAAAUCUGAAAAGAAUGUUGAAGCUGUAACUGAUUUUAGUACUGAACCUGCAGAAAUGGAGUGUAAUGGAAAGGAAAUUGAUGUUUCUGGCGUUGUAGAGGGUGUAACUCCAGCCAUUAAUGGUGCUGUCACAAAAGAGAGUUUGGAUAUGAUGGAAGUUAGUGUUGAAAAGAAUGAACCUAAUGAGACAAUUGACAAAGAAUUGGAGUUAGAGACGGAUAAAGGAAUCAAACAGAUUGAGCCUGCAGUUGAGACAGCUAUUGAUGUAUCAGAUGCUAUGGCUAAUUAUCAAGUAGAUGGAGGGAAUGGAGAUGAAACUAUGGCAAUUAAUUCUAAUUCAGAAAUCCCACAAACACAUGUUGCUGAUGGUACAAGCAAUGCAAUAAAAGAAUUGGAAGAUGAAGUCUUUUGCGGGCAUGAUGUACCUGAAUCUGCAGAAUUAGGUGCUGUUACAAGUAGGGAAGUUGAAUUAGAGGCUGAAAAUGAAGAAGAGAAUCUCGGAGGUGGAGACGACGAGAACAAAGGAUCAGUUACAGAUGGAGAGAAUGAAGGUAUGAUUUUUGGAAGCUCUGAAGCUGCCAGACAGUUCUUGGAGGAGUUGGAGAGAGGAUCAGGUAUUGGUGCUCAUGAUGGUGCAGAGAGUUCUCAUGAUCAUUCAGAGAGAAUUGAUGGUCAAAUUGUGACAGACUCGGAUGAAGAAGUAGAUACUGAUGAGGAAGGUGAGGGGAAGGAGUUGUUUGAUUCUGCUGCCUUGGCAGCUCUCCUGAAAGCAGCAACUAGUGCUGGCUCAGAAGGUGGCACUGUCACUGUGACCUCUCAAGAUGGGUCAAGGCUCUUCUCUGUAGAGCGACCUGCAGGUUUGGGAUCCUCUCUCCGACCUGUGAAGCCGGCCACACGGUCAAAUCGUCCUAAUCUUUUUACUUCUUCCAGUCUCACACCUGGAGGCGACUCAGAUAGCAGCUUGAGUGAAGAAGACAAAAAUAAACUGGAAAAGUUGCAGCAAAUAAGGGUGAAAUUUUUGAGGCUUGUUCACCGACUUGGCCAUUCCCCGGAAGAAUCAAUUGCAGCACAGGUUCUAUACCGUUUGGCCCUUGUUGCAGGGAGGCAAACCAAUCAAGUGUUUAGUCUUGAUGCUGCAAAGAGGACAGCUUUGCAGCUUGAAGCGGAGGGGAAGGAAGAUUUGGAGUUUUCUCUGAACAUACUGGUUCUUGGGAAAGCAGGGGUGGGCAAAAGUGCUACAAUAAAUUCUAUUUUUGGCGAAGAGAAGUCCCCAAUCCAUGCAUUUGAACCUGCCACUAAUUCUGUUAAAGAAAUAACGGGUCUGGUUGAUGGAAUUAAGAUCAGAGUAAUUGAUUGUCCAGGUCUGAAGUCAUCUGGGUCAGAACAAGGAUUAAACCGCAAGCUCUUGUCUUCCGUAAAGAAGUUCAUGAAAAAAUGUCCCCCAGAUAUUGUCCUCUAUGUUGACCGACUUGACACCCAAACUAGGGAUCUUAAUGAUCUUCCACUGUUGAGAUCUAUCACUAGUUCUCUUGGUUCAUCGAUCUGGCGAAAUGCUGUAGUUACUUUGACCCAUGCUGCUUCAGCGCCUCCGGAUGGACCUUCUGGUUCCCCUUUGAGCUAUGAAGUGUUUGUUGCUCAACGCUCCCAUGUUGUUCAGCAGUCUAUUGGUCAAGCAGUUGGUGAUUUACGUUUGAUGAAUCCAAGUUUAAUGAAUCCUGUAUCUCUUGUAGAGAAUCAUUCCUCUUGUCGUAAAAAUAGAGAUGGACAAAAGGUGCUCCCUAAUGGUCAAACCUGGAGACCUCAGUUACUGAUGUUGUGCUACUCUAUGAAGAUCUUAUCUGAAGCAAGUUCUCUCUCAAAGCCUCAAGAUCCAUUUGACCACAGGAAGCUUUUUGGUUUCCGCUCUCGAUCACCUCCCCUCCCAUAUUUGUUGUCUUGGUUGUUGCAGUCCCGUUCACAUCCUAAACUCUCCAGUGACCAAGGGGUUGAUAAUGUUGAUUCAGAUGUUGACUUGGCUGACUUGUCUGAUUCUGAUGAUGAAGAAGAAGAGGAUGAGUAUGACCAGCUCCCACCAUUUAAGCCUCUUAGGAAAAAUCAGCUUGCUAAGCUUAGCAAGGAGCAGAAGAAAGCAUAUUUUGAGGAGUAUGAUUACCGUGUGAAGCUCCUCCAGAAAAAGCAAUGGAGAGAAGAGCUGAGGAGAAUGAGAGAAAUCAGGAAGAAAGGAAAGGCACCUGUGGAUGAAUAUGGUUACAAUGAAGAAGAUGUUGAUCCUGAAAAUGGAGCUCCAGCUGCUGUGCCUGUUCCGUUACCUGAUAUGGUCUUGCCACCUUCAUUUGAUGGUGAUAAUCCUGCUUACAGGUACCGGUUUCUGGAACCAACUUCACAGUUUCUUGCAAGGCCAGUUCUCGACACCCAUGGUUGGGACCAUGAUUGUGGGUAUGAUGGUGUCAAUGUUGAACAUAGUCUAGCUAUUGUUAAUAGAUUCCCAGCAACAGUUGCUGUUCAAGUAACAAAGGAUAAGAAAGAGUUCAGCGUACAUUUGGACUCUUCCGUAUCUGCCAAGCAUGGGGACAAGGGAUCGAGUAUGGCUGGCUUUGAUAUUCAAAAUGUUGGGAAGCAACUUGCCUACAUCUUCAGAGGUGAGACAAAAUUCAAAAACUUCAAGAUGAACAAGACAGCAGCUGGGGUGUCCGUUACAUUUUUGGGGCAAAAUGUGGCCAGUGGUUUCAAACUUGAGGAUCAGAUUGCACUUGGAAAGCGCCUGAUGCUGGUUGGUAGCACUGGGACAGUCCUUUCUCAGGGUGAUUCAGCAUAUGGAGCCAAUUUGGAAGUGAGGCUAAGGGAAGCAGAUUAUCCAAUUGGACAGGAUCAGUCUUCUCUGGGCCUGUCUUUAGUGAAGUGGAGAGGAGACUUGGCACUGGGGGCCAACCUUCAGUCUCAGUUUUCGAUUGGACGAAAUUCUAAGAUAGCUGUUCGUGCAGGAUUGAACAACAAGAUGAGCGGACAACUUACAGUUCGAACAAGCAGCUCUGAUCAGCUUCAGAUUGCACUUGUGGGUCUUCUUCCGAUUGCAAUGUCAAUCUAUAAAAGCCUUCGGCCAGGGGUUAGUGAGAGCUAUAUGUACUAGAUCCCUUUUCAUUUUUGUUUUAAUGCCAUCAGCAUGAUAGAUUUAGAUGAUAUGUUGAGCUUUGAUUAGCUUUCCAAUAAUGCUGAAUUUUCUUUCUAUGUAGAACUUAUUGCUAUUAUGAGAUUUUCAUGUUAUAUUGCGUGAUGAAAUGUAUUAAAUAUGAGAUGGAUUCAUUGGAUGAUCAUUUAAUGAUUCCAUUGUGCUUUA